CUCACCCACAAUGGCUACUUUGAACGACAAGGAGCUUUUCGAUCUUAACAAGAAAGCUGCAGUUGAAGGCUUUAAGAUAAAACCAAGAAUCACUUAUAAUACCGUUGGUGGUGUCAAUGGUCCUUUGGUCAUCUUGGAAAAUGUUAAAUUUCCUCGUUAUAAUGAAAUUGUCAAUUUAACUUUGCCCGAUGGAACGGUUAGAGCUGGUCAGGUUUUAGAAGUUAGAGGUGAUAGAGCUAUUGUCCAAGUCUUUGAAGGUACCUCCGGAAUCGAUGUCAAAAAAACCAGAGUUGAAUUCACAGGCCAGAACUUAAAAUUGCCUGUUUCCGAAGAUAUGUUGGGUAGAAUAUUUGAUGGUUCUGGUAGACCAAUUGAUAAUGGUCCAAAAGUAUUUGCUGAAGACUAUCUUGAUAUUAAUGGUUCUCCAAUCAAUCCAUUUGCAAGAAUUUAUCCCGAAGAAAUGAUAUCAACAGGUAUAUCUGCAAUUGACACAAUGAAUUCCAUUGCAAGAGGUCAAAAAAUUCCUAUUUUUUCUGCUUCUGGUUUACCUCACAAUGAAAUUGCUGCUCAAAUUUGUAGACAAGCCGGUCUAGUUAGACCAACUAAAGAUGUUCAUGAUGGUCAUGAAGAAAAUUUCUCAAUUGUCUUUGCCGCUAUGGGUGUUAAUUUAGAAACUUCUAGAUUUUUCAAACAAGAUUUUGAAGAAAAUGGUUCAUUGGAAAGAACAACUUUAUUCUUAAACUUGGCUAAUGAUCCAACUAUUGAAAGAAUUAUCACUCCAAGAUUGGCCUUGACAACUGCCGAAUAUUUAGCUUAUCAAACCGAACGUCAUGUUUUAACUAUUUUAACCGAUAUGUCUUCCUACGCUGAUGCUCUUAGAGAAGUUUCAGCUGCUAGAGAAGAAGUUCCAGGUAGAAGAGGUUAUCCUGGUUAUAUGUAUACUGAUUUAUCAACAAUUUAUGAAAGAGCAGGUAGAGUCGAAGGUAGAAACGGUUCAAUUACUCAAAUUCCAAUUUUAACCAUGCCUAAUGAUGAUAUCACUCAUCCAAUUCCUGAUUUAACUGGUUAUAUUACUGAAGGCCAAAUUUCUAUUGAUAGACAAUUACACAAUAGAGGUAUUUAUCCUCCAAUUAAUGUCUUACCUUCUUUAUCUCGUUUAAUGAAAAGUGCUAUUGGUGAGGGUAUGACAAGAAAAGAUCAUGGUGAUGUUUCUAAUCAAUUAUAUGCCAAAUAUGCUAUUGGUAGAGAUGCCGCUGCAAUGAAAGCUGUUGUUGGUGAAGAGGCUCUUUCUACAGAAGAUAAAUUAUCCCUAGAAUUUUUGGAAAAGUUCGAAAAAACUUUCAUCAAUCAAGGUGCUUAUGAAAAUAGAACCAUUUUUGAAAGUUUAGAUCAAGCUUGGUCUUUAUUAAGAAUUUAUCCAAAAGAAUUAUUAAAUAGAAUUUCUCCCAAAAUUCUAGAUGAAUUUUAUGACAGAGAUAGAUCUAGAAAUGAUGAAGACGACGAUGAUAAAGAUGACGACGAUAAAGAUUUAUUGGAUGCUUAAGUAAUUAAUAAAUUGAUAUUUAACUUUGAUUUUUGAUUUUUGAUUUUUGAUUUUUCUAUACACAUUUUACUUUACAAUAAAAAUUGUCAUAACCUUAAUCCUAAUCAUAUUCAUAGUAAUAAACAAAAUUAAAUUUAUUAUUAUAAUUUGAUUAAAUUUAAUAAACAAAAUUUCUUUUCUAAUAUUCUGCUUAAGUCACAUAUUGUCAAAUCC